AUGCCUAACCCUACUGAGAGACCUGCUGUUGCCGCCGGAUUUUAUAAUUUGGCCAGCUUCCCAAGAAUAAUUGGAGCUCUUGACUGCACACACAUUAGGAUAAGUUCUCCUGGAGGUUCUGUGCAUGACACCACUAUAUGGAACGAUUCUCCACUUGCUGCUGAAUUUGAGGCUGGGAGGUUUGGGUCCUACUGCCUUCUAGGAGAUAGUGGAUAUCCAUGUCUCCGUUAUCUUUUAACCCCAUAUUUAAAUCCAUCAACACCAUCCCAAGAAGCCUAUAAUAGAGCCCACAUAACAACACGAAACACAGUGGAAAGAUGUUUUGGUGUUUUAGAAAGGAGUUUUCCCUGCUUACAAAUAGGAAUGCAGUUAAUGACAGAAAAAGUUUUAAUAGUUAUUGUGGCUUGUGUUGUUAUACACAACAUGUCAUUAGAACUUGAUGACUAUAUUAUAGAGAACAACCAAAUUACAGAGGCUGAAGUCGAAGAUAAUGUUCAAAUUCAAGUUCCUCAUGGACAAAAUUUUUCAAUAAGAAAUACAAUUUCGGAGAAUUAUUUUCAAUAA